UGGGCGCCCCGCCCCGCGCGGUCACGUGACGCGCGGCGGCUCCGGGCAGGGCCUUCAGCCGCCCCCCCCCCAAAUCCAUCCCCUCAGCGCCUCGGCCCCGCGGCCCCGCCGCUCCCGCUCCCCGCCCGCUCCGCUCCCGCAGCCGCCCCCCGCCGCCCCUCCGGGCCCGCUCCGCUCCCGCAGCCGCCCCCCGCCGCCCCCGACGCCGAUCCGGGCCCGCUCCGCUCCCGCAGCCGCCCCCCGCCAUGCUGCGGCCUCCCGGCGAUGCCUGUGGCUCGUGGCUGUGCUGAUCUGCUGCUGUCCCUGGCCCUCGCUGUGCCCCAUGGGCUCACCAGUGUCAUUUGUCCUCUCCAGGAUGGCAGCCUGCGGGGGCGCCGCUAAGAACAAGGUGACGGUGUCCAAGCCCGUGUGGGAUUUCCUCACCAAGGAGAGCCCGGCCAAGCUGACUCGGCUCAAAGAGGAGACCAAGGUCAGCAUCAUGGUGGACGGAGAAACCUCGGACAUCUACGUCCUGCAGCUGUGCGCGUCGCCCCCGGGGGGGCUGUGCCCGGCGCGCAAAGCCCUCAAAGCCCUGCUGAAGGAGACAGAGAAGGAGCUGAAGAAGAGGAGCCACCGUGCGGGGGAGCUGCUGGGCUGCGUGGCCGUGCUGGAGCCCGGCGGGCGCGGCGCCGCCCCCGGCGCCUCGGCGUCGUGCUCCGGGGAGGAGGAACCCGAGCGGCAGUGCCCCAUCUGCCUGGGGGAGAUCCAGAACAUGAAGACGUUGGAGAAGUGUCGCCACUCCUUCUGUGAGGACUGCAUCACCAGGGCCCUGCAGGUGAAAACGGCCUGUCCCAUGUGCGGCCGCUUCUACGGGCAGCUGGUGGGGAACCAGCCCCCCAACGGGCGCAUGCUGGUGAGCAGGGACGCGGGGCUGCCGCUGCCGGGCUACGAGGGCUGCGGCACCAUCAUCAUCCAGUACGUGUUCCCGCCCGGAGUGCAAGGGGCCGAGCACCCCAACCCUGGUGUGCGGUACCCGGGCACCACGCGGGUCGCCUACCUGCCCGACUGCCCCGAGGGCAACAAGGUGCUGGGGCUGUUCCGAAAGGCCUUUGCCCAGCGCCUCACCUUCACCGUGGGCACCUCCAUGACCACGGGCCGUGCCAACGUCAUCACCUGGAACGACAUCCACCACAAAACCAACUGCACCGGCGGGCCCCAGCUGUUCGGGUACCCCGACCCCACGUACCUGGCGCGGGUGCAGGAGGAGCUGCGGGCAAAGGGCAUCACCGAGGACUGAGGCGGGCAGGGGGGGCGGCAGCGGGACCCCCCAAAACCCCAGCGGGACCCUCCCAGCUCGGACACACACUGGGGGGGGUCCCGUGGC